AUGGAAUCUGUUGGUCAAGAGCGCUUUGAUGAUUGUUGCGAUUGCGUGGUGCGUAGGCUUGCAUAUGUACAACCUCGCGGCGUGCGCAUCCAAGAUGCGCACACAUCUUUCAGAGAGCCGACGCCGGCGGCCUUGCGAUAUUGGGCUGAUUCCGGACGGCGACAUCCUGGUCCAGUGCGGGCGCUUGGGCUUGGAUAG